UCGGCAGCUUCUGACGUGAUCCCCCAGCGCAUGUCGACCGGCACAAACUGCACCCCUCGGGAGCUGCACAGGUGUUGAAGCUGGGGGAAGUAUUUCCGUGUCAGUUCGUCUCGCUCCUCUUCCAUCCCCCCAAAAGGUGUGCACCAUGGACAGUGAAGUGCAACGGGACGGUCGCCUGAUGGACAUCAUAGACGAGAAGUGGCGUGAAGACAGGCUGCCGAUGGAAGACAUCAUGGUGCCACAGUUAGAGCUGCCAGAGAUUGAGCCAGACAAUGGUCCCACAACAGAGACUCUCCGGGAACAGGAGCAGAAGUGGUCUGACCUGGCGCUGUCGGUGUUGCAUGAUCAGCCACCCACAGCAGGCAGCAGCUGAGGGGUCCCGGGGCUGGCUGGCUCAUACUGCCUCUCUGUGUGCUGGACAGGUGGGGUGUCUGGUGACAAGUUAUUGCACACACAGAUAAUGUGUGUGAAGAGAGUGAUGUUUCUGUGGAGCAGGUUCGUGAAUGUGUUCUGUCCAAGGAGGAGGGUUAGUACAGGCAGAUUUGUGUCAGGAACAAUAUAUUUCUCCUCCCGUGGAACCAGCUUCCACAUUGUCAGUACAGGACAGUUAUGUAAUGUGUAUGUGAUUGUUAAUAAAGGUUGUAACCAUUCUGAUAUGUCU